AAAAGGACAUUUCUGGUGUCCAAACAAACCAAAUUCAGCCUGAAUCCAAGCAAAAUCAGCAUGCAUCCAAAAUUGAAGUGAUGGACCUUGUGUUGCUGCAAGAAGACGAAGUGCACAUGUGGAGCCCAAAUCCCAAUCGAUCGCCACCGCUUUGUCGGAGCUGCAAAAUUGUGAGACAAAAAAGAAAAAAAAGGCUCACCUACCUCGAACCCUUUGGCGCCAUGCGCAUCAUCAACCCAAUCCACCGAUCAUCGAGAAGGCGUCUUUUCCUCCUCUAUAUCAAAUCGAGCGAGAACGAUAGCGAGAGCGAGGCAGAUGGUAGCAAAAGCAUCGCGAAGAAUUAUUAAGAGGAAAUUGAAGAGAUCGGGUAAUGUCGCUCACCAAUGCUCCCUCGUCGAUGGUGUCGAUCGUGACGCCGGUGACGGACAGGGACAGCGGGCGGACGGUGGCGGGCGUGCCGCCGGUGCUCGUCGGGGCGUCCGUCUCGUCGGCGCCGGAGCUGCGGGGGCGGGCGUACCUGGUGCACCACGUCUUCUACGAGGACGGCAGCGCCAGCGCCGACGGUGGCGGCGGCGUGGCCCCGGCGUCCAGGGCAUCGAUCGCGGCGCUGAGGGAGGUCGAGGAGGAGGAUGACGACGGCGAGGAGGCGUCCGACUGCGCGAUCUGCCUCGACGACGGGGAGGAGUCCAGGGAGACGUGCGGGAGCGGGAGGAGGAAGGAGAUGCCGUGCGGGCACCGGUUCCACGGCGAGUGCGUGGAGCGGUGGCUGGGGAUCCACGGCAGCUGCCCGCUGUGCCGGCACGAGAUGCCGCCGGCGACGGCGGCGGAGGCGGAGGAGGAGGAGGUGGUGGUGGCGAUGGUGCAUGGGGAGAGGGUGGUGAUGAGGGGGAGGCGCGUGGUGCUGAGCGUGCUGGUCAUGGGCCGGGCCCACGAUGACGGCGAGGGCCCGGAGCAACGCGGCACGGAUCCGAUUCCUCCUCUUCCGCGUGUGCUCAUAGAUGAUGUGGAUUAAUUAAUAACUCCUCUCAAAUUUAAGAAAGGGUGAUCUGGAUUAACUAGGAUUUUGCCGUGCUAUCUAUGUAUAUACUCGCAUGCAAAUGUAAGUAUGCAAUGCUUUCCCUUUGUUUAAGUAUAAAGUAAAUAGAAGGAAUGUCGAGGUGCUUCUUUCUUUAAGGGCUAAUUUA